GAUUUGGAUCUUGUGAUUUUCACUUUCCAAAUUGAAUCGGACGAUCCGGGGUUUCCCCUUCUUCGAGCGUAGACUGGACACAGUUUAUACUUCUCCAGCUCUCUCUCUCUCUCACUCGCUCGUCUUUGUUUCCUUUUACAGGCCCUGGUGUCCUUGUCUCGACUGUCUGUCUGUCUGCCUGUCUGUCUCUGUCUCCCUCUCUCACUGACUCAAAUUCCCUUUCUUUAUCGUUUUCUCGCCGUAGAUCUCUCUCCGGUGAGACUCGGAUCCGUCCCAUGUUUAGACUUUUUGACUUCGUCGUGAUCUGAUACAACGCCGCAGCAAGCUUUUGUUUUUUCCUGGUGGGAGGGCGGGGGGAUGGGGCUGUGCUACGGCAAGACCAAUCCAACGGUCGAGAAUGACGUUACUACUACUACUAUUGUCGCUUCCUAUGACAACGAUGCGUCUCAGAGUCCGUUACCGUCCGCAAGCGGGAGUAACGGCGCCGUCAACGUUCAGGCGGUGAGGAACACUCCGGCGCGGUCCUCGUACCCGAGUCCCUGGCCCAGCCAUUACCCUCAAGGCGUUUCCGCCAGUCCGCUUCCCGGCGGCGUUUCUCCCUCUCCGGCGAGGGGAUCGGGGACUCCGAGGAGGUUCUUCCGGCGACCUUUCCCGCCUCCUUCGCCAGCAAAGCACAUCAAGGCGUCGCUGGCGAAGCGGUUCGGCCACGCCGCAAAGCCUAAGGACGGCCCGAUCCCGGAGGAGCGCGGAGCAGAGAUUGAGCAAGCUCUAGACAAGAGCUUCGGCUACACCAAGAACUUCGGAGCCAAGUACGAGCUCGGGAAAGAGGUAGGGCGAGGGCAUUUUGGUCAUACUUGCUCUGCCAGAGGCAAAAAGGGCGAGCUUAAAGAUCAGCCCGUUGCUGUGAAAAUUAUUUCGAAAGCAAAGAUGACAACAGCAAUAUCAAUUGAAGAUGUCCGUAGAGAAGUGAAGAUAUUGAAAGCUUUAUCGGGGCAUAAGCAUCUGGUCAAAUUUCAUGAUGCAUGUGAGGAUGCCAAUAACGUGUACAUAGUCAUGGAACUGUGUGAAGGUGGGGAACUCCUAGAUAGAAUUUUAUCAAGGGGAGGAAGGUACGCAGAGGACGAUGCAAAAUUCAUAGUUGUGCAAAUUCUAAGUGUAGUUGCAUUUUGUCAUCUUCAAGGCGUUGUGCACCGUGACUUAAAGCCAGAGAAUUUCCUUUUCACUUCUAGAAGUGAAGAUGCUGACAUGAAACUUAUUGAUUUUGGUCUUUCUGACUUUAUCAGGCCAGACGCAAGACUUAAUGAUAUUGUUGGAAGUGCGUACUACGUAGCACCUGAAGUCCUUCACAGGUCUUAUAGUCUUGAAGGAGAUAUAUGGAGCAUUGGUGUCAUUACCUACAUCUUAUUAUGUGGAAGCCGACCAUUCUGGGCACGGACAGAAUCUGGAAUUUUUCGUGCAGUGCUUAGGACUGACCCAAAUUUUGAGGAUAUACCGUGGCCUUCCGUGUCUGCAGAAGCCAAGGACUUUGUGAAAAGGCUACUGAACAAGGAUUACAGGAAAAGAAUGACUGCAGUUCAAGCUCUCACUCAUCCGUGGUUGCGCGAUGAUAGUCGUUCAAUCCCAUUGGAUAUAUUGAUCUAUAAGUUAGUCAGGUCAUAUAUUAAUGCUACACCUUUCAAGCGUGCAGCACUGAAGGCUCUAUCAAAAGCUUUGACAGAAGAUGAGUUGGUCUAUCUAAGGGCACAAUUCACUCUGUUAGAGCCAAAUAGAGACGGGCGUGUCACUCUUGACAAUUUCAAAAUGGCUCUUGUGCGAAAUGCAACUGAUGCCAUGAAGGAGUCCAGAGUUCUUGAUAUUAUUAAUGUGUUGGAACCACUUUCUUAUAAAAAGAUGGACUUUGAAGAGUUUUGUGCUGCUGCAAUCAGUACACAUCAAUUGGAGGCCCUUGACGGGUGGGAACAGAUUGCCUCUACUGCUUUUGAGCAUUUUGAGCAGGAGGGUAAUCGCAUCAUAUCUGUUGAAGAAUUGGCAAGGGAAUUGAAUCUUGGACCGUCAGCUUAUUCUAUCCUCAGAGAAUGGAUCCGAAACUCAGAUGGAAAGCUUAGUUUACUUGGAUAUACAAAAUUUUUGCAUGGUGUAACUCUCCGUAGUUCAAACACAAGACACCAUUAAUUUUAAUAGCCUUUGACAUAUAGUUUUAAAAUUCAUGGGUUUAGAGGAUUUGAAAGUUUUUUUUUUCUUUUUUUCUUUUCCUUUUUUUUUUUGGGGAAUGGGAUAAAGAAAAUGUGUAUAAAUGAACAUCAGUCAAAUCAGUUCUGGGAUUGGACUAAUACUGAAUAUUGAGACUUUCUGCUUGCUCUUACCCUAUUUUGGCAGUUAAUAUAUUCCAAUGGGUUUGAGCUCA